CCCGUUUCCAUGGGCAAUCGCGGAUCUCCGCCGCUGGGCGAGGCGGUACUGGCCGCAUGCUGGGGAGGUGCGAUCCAUGGAUCUGGCGACCGCGCGCCAGAUCCAUGGAUCACUGGUGGCCACGUCUGCGCGCCCCCGAAGGUGUCGUGGCUGGCGGCGCCCGAGGACGCGCCGCUUCUGCCGCGGCUGCUCGGCGUCGCGCCGGCGACGCGGCAGGCGCCCUGGGCCGCCCUGGAGUGCUACGUGCCAGGGGAGGACAGGUACCACACCGCCCACCCCGCCGGCAAGGGCGCCGAGGACCCCGCCGGCUGGAGCUACCCCACCUGCCGGCUGGCCUGCCCGUGCGAGGAGCCGCCGCCGCCCACGGAGGGUGCCGCGCGGCUCGCGGGCAGCCCCUCGCCCGCGGUGGGCAGGCUGGAGGUCUUCCACGCUGGCGCCUGGGGCACCGUGUGCGGGGACAGCUUCUCUAUCCCGACGGGGCCCAGGUGGUUUGCGAGCAGCUGGGCUACUACGGCGGCUUCCCGACCGGCGCGGACGAGUUCGGGGCGGCUGGCGGCCCGGUCUGGCUGUCGUCCUUGGGGUGCGCAGGGUCCGAGGCCGCGCUCGGAGCCUGCCCUCACGCUGGGUGGGGGGCGAACAGCUGCAGCCACAGCCAGGACGUCGGUGUCGCGUGCGCGGAGGCGAUGACCAUCCAGGACCAGGUGCGGGGCCUGAUCAGGUCGCAGGAGCAGCCGUCGAAGUGCUGGCGGGGCGGCUACAUCCCGAACUUCUGCUGCCACCCCGCCCUGGGGCCUGGAGGUAAUCACGUGUGCUGGGGGCAGCAGGGGGGAGGCAGGGCCGCCGCUCUUGCGGCGGGGGACUGCUGCAACGAGUCGACGUGGACGGCCCUGGAGGUGACCUCCUACCACCAGGUCCUGCAGAUGGAGUGGCAGCGGCGGUGCGACGCUGAGAGGGAGGUGCCCAUCUACGACGGCCGCCCUGAAGAGUGGAUGGGAGCGCUCUCUCAGGAGCUGCUGUACUGGUUCGGGUGGCUGCGGCAGGGCGCCUACGGCGUGGGCCGGCGGCCGGACCGGGCGGAGUUCCUGCGCGACACGGACCCUGCCGCGCCGCUGGACGCGCGCGUGCGGGGCCUGCUGCUGCGUGCGCGGGCGGGCUGGCCCUGGCCGUGGAGCACCCGGGCCCGCGUGCUCAACAUCGGCUCCGGGGCGCUGAACGGCGUCGGCCACGAGUGGCCCGGCGUGGACGUGGAGGUUGUGCCCGCGGACGCGCUGGCCUGCGAGUACGCGCAGAUGCGGAAGGACCUGGGCAUCCGCGUGCGGGUGCCGCCAGUGCCCGCGGAGGUCGAGGGCCUGGUGCAGCGGUUCGGGGGCGGCUCCUUCGACGCCGCCUUCGGCAGCAAUUUCCUCGACCACGCGCACGACCCCGUGGCUGGCGUGCGGCAGAUGGUGCUCUCGGUGCGCAGGGGCGGGCGUGUGCUGCUGAGCCACCGCCGCAACGAGGGCGAGUCCCAGAGCUACGUCGCUCUGCACCAGUGGAACAUCGACGCCGCCCCUGCGCUUGGCUCGUCCUGCGGGCGGCGGCGGCCUGCGGCUGCGGAUCUGGAGGCCGGCCCGGGAGGGCCUGCCCGCCGCCGACCACGACGUCGGGCAGGAGCUGGCGGGCGAGGCGGAGGUGCGGGUGGCGCUCCUGCCGCCGCGGCGGCGCGGGGAGCCGGAGAUGGUGGAGGCGGAGCUGGUGCGCCUCUGAGCCGCCCUGGGAUAGGCCUCCCUGCGCUCCCUGCCCUCCCUGCGCGCUCGUCUAUCCUCCUUCUCCUUCGCUUCCUCCCCUCUGCAAGGCGUCGCGGCCUGGCACCGCGAAUCUGCGGCCUGGAGCAGGCCGCGCAAGGCUUCGGCCCGCAGCAGGUUCUCGCUGGCAUCGUCUGCGCCCGGGGCUACCCCAGGACAAGUCGCGGCAA